AUGUCGCUCGUCCAACUCUCACAUGUCUGCUCACACCUUUCGAAUGCCAGCAAGGCUCGGUUGGCUUUGACAUCUAUCCCGAAUUCGAACCUUCAUCUCUCUCUCUCGAAUGCCCUUCUCGAGGCUGGGUUCAUAUCAUCCGUCGUCCGAGGUGGCCCAACUCCACCGGCGCGCCACCUGCUCUUGAACCAUCCUGCGGUCAACGAUGAGUUAGAACCCAUUGAGCCAGUCACCCAAGCCAAUGUUGCGUCAAGACGACUAUGGCUAGGACUCAAGUACUGGCAGAGUGAGCCGGUUCUCAGCAAAAUAUCAAUGGUCAGCAAGCCUACUAGACGGAUAUACGUGGACACCGAGGCGCUACGGGAUAUCGUAAGAGGGUCGAAGAGCAACAUGGUCGCCGGGCUGAGGAACCCUGGUGAAUGUCUGUUUCUCAGCACUGAUCGUGGAAUAUUGGAGUCUCGGCAGUGUGUUGAGAAGAAAAUAGGAGGGCUGGUUCUAUGUCGUGCUGUUUAG